CUCUCACUUGAGGUUCUUUUCAUAGCAACUCGGCGAGUUGCUUUUCUUUGUCUUAUGUCCCUCGUCUUGCGUUUGCCUCUCUCCGUUUCUCCUUCAUUAUCGUCACAUUCACUUCAGUUAUCCGCGAACCCACACGACGUUCGUCAAUCCACUCAUUCUACACUGUCCGCAGGCCGGCCUCGGUAAACUCCCAGCAGACACCAGCCUCCUUUGCACAUCCAGCCCACCACUCCCAGAAGAAGAGUCGGUCGCCUUUAUUUGAACGACCGUGUAUGAAUUGACGACAUACUACCCUGCUUCAGAUCUCUAUUUCAAGAGAUCCUUAACGAAAUGGCGUACUAUCUCUACGCCCGCGAUGUUGUCUCCGACGUGAAAUCAGUCCCAGAUACAUUCUCCAGCUGGGAUAAAUGCAUGCAGAAAUCAUAUUGCAAGUGGCCCGUCAUUGCCGCGAUUGUCAUCGGCUCCCUGAUCCUGCUUUCGGUCCUCUUUUGUAUCGCCCGGUGCCUUUGCUGUGGGGUGGAGAUCUGCUCUUGUUGUAUGAGCUGCUGUGGCGGUUGUUGUCGGGGAGGUCGAAGGCGUGACCGUCCUGCGCAAUUCAAAGACGACUACACUCGAAUGCCUCCCACUCCUUACCAGGGAUACCAGCCGGCCCCCAACCCCAUGGCGUACGGCAACCCCAGCGUACCUCAGUUCGCGACUUUCGAAGAUCCCAGCACCAAGCGGAUGAUCAAUGAGGAUAGUCUCCCACCCAUGCCCAGCUGGGACACUGCAACCAAGAGAAGGGUCGAAGACACCAGUGAGCCACCGCACCAGAAUGCAAACGGCGAUCUGGAAAUGGGGAGACUCGACUCCCAACCGCAGAGGACGAGAGGAGGCUACAACAGCGUCCCUAAUGGACCCAUAUCGCCAGUCUCAGCAAACCCGCAACCAGAUUAUCUCCACAACGGCGCUGGCAUGAACCACUCGUACAACGCCGACUUGGGCGAUCAGAGACUCUUGGGCAAUAACGAUCAGGACAACUUCCAGGCCGUCCCGCUAAGCCCGCCGCCAACCUACCGCUCCAAUUCCCAAGCACCUUCAUUUACAAGCAACUCGGACAAAUUCAUCGCUGGCGCUGCCAGCCCAAGCCCUUAUGAGUACAACCGGGGCCCGCAGCCGCACCCUGUCUAUCAACAUUCCUAUGCUCCAAACAGCACCGCGAGCACGAGAUACGAGCCUUCGCAGAGCGAUUACAAUUCACACAGAAUCAGUAUGCCCAAGCCGUUCAAUCCUGUGCCGUCCCCACAGGUGCAAGCUCCAUAUCCGGAAUCUGGCGCGUCGCCAUAUGACGCGCGGCCGCCGAGUUUCUUACAGGUGGGAAGAAAACCCGUCAAUGGAAGUAUGAGGGAAGUUUGAGUGUGACGAGGCCGGAAUUAAUCUUUAAUUGACCUCUUUCUCGUGAGGUCUAAAUACGGCGGAGCCGUUGACCAGCAUACACAUGGAAUCUUGAGACUUGAUGAGAUCCAGCGUCUCGGAGUUUUCUGUCGGCACUAUAUUUGUUUGGAAAUUUCAAAGAGCAUGGCGCUUUCUGGAUACCGUGCUUCAUCGCCGAGCUCCACUCGGAUGAGACGCCAUGGUGGAAUUGGGCUGCUCAAACCCCUUUCAGAGAGGUCAGCACGCGAUUGGAUUUGAGCAUGAAGCCGCAACAACCGCCAAUGCCGCAUACAGUCAAGGUGGACCACGGAAUCUGGUUGAAGACGUUGACCGUGGACGGAAGAUUUAUGUGUUGAACCAGGCUUCGAGAAUGAGCGGGCGCCGAACAGGCAAUGACGACAGCUUUUGACGAGUUCAAUCCCCGAAAAACGAGUCGAGCCAGGAAGAGGGUCGAGUUUGGCACGGCACCCCAUAUAAUCUGUAUUUCUAUGGCACGGUGCUUCAUCCCCCACGCAUGCCCUGCCCGCAGGAUCGCAGGCCUUGUACCUUGUACUUAUACGCAGCUAUGAUUCAUACAAUAUCAACAAGUCCAGUCCCCGCAACUUUCGAGACGUGUGCAAACAUGUUUGCUUUUCUCUUUGGGCGCUCUCGCAGCGCAAGUGGAGGGAGUCCUGAAUUUAGUCACGGACGGCCGACCUCACUACGUUGGGAGGAUCAUAGUGGCGAAGGGAGGAGAUUCUGAAAAAAAGGAACGCGAAUGCUAGGACACUGCUCUGAGAAGAAAGCACGAGAUACAACUGCUUGCUUGCUCUCCUACUUGUUCGUAUCCCUGCUCACUUGCUUCGGUACAGAGUGCCCGCCUCCGUGCCCAUGAUCCCUUGAAACUGAGAAAGGAAAAAGAAAUGGCUGUUCCCUUCUUGCUCCAUUCCCUUGUCAUUCGUUAUCCACCUUGGCAGGUCCCCGUGGUACCCCAACAGCGUCUUAUCCCAACACACAUCUCACUUUUCCCUCACAACUCGUCC